CUGCUCUAAUAGGUAUUUUUCCUAGGUAUGUGGGAGCCCAGAUAUCCCACUGCAUCUUUUAAAGUCAGUGGCAACAUAUAAAGGGAUUGAGCCUUCUGCAUCCUUGGUCCAGUGGUUCUGGGAAGUGAUGGAAUCUUUCUCUAACACGGAACGCUCCCUCUUUCUUCGCUUUGUGUGGGGCCGGACAAGGCUGCCCAGGACCAUUGCUGACUUCCGGGGCAGAGACUUUGUCAUCCAGGUCUUGGAUAAAUACAACCCUCCUGAUCACUUCCUCCCAGAGUCCUACACAUGCUUCUUUCUGCUAAAGCUGCCUAGGUAUUCCUGUAAGCAGGUGCUUGAGGAAAAGCUGAAGUAUGCCAUCCACUUCUGCAAAUCCAUAGACACAGAUGACUAUGCUCGCAUAGCUCUCACUGGAGAGCCUGCUGCCGAUGACAGCAGUGAGGACUCAGAUAAUGAGGACGCCGACUCUUUUGCUUCAGACUCUACACAAGACUACUUGACAGGACACUAAGAUGGAAACGCCAUCAGGAAAAGAUGUGGCUGAACAAGCAGGAAGAGUCCUGCUGUGUAAAUUGUAAAUGUCGAGUGCACUUGAUGAAGAAUACGACUCCUUGAAAUGUGUGGAAGAGAGAGAGAGAGACUGACUGACUGAGAGAACUGUGUGGUAGGACAACAGCAAGAUGAGCCUGUGCAUGAGGAACUCACGGGGCACUUCCCCAUAAUGCUGCAUUACCUAUAGGACCUAGUGUUUACUACAGUGUAAAUGUUUAUAUGGACACAGAACAGCAUCACUGAAAUAAAGCCUUUCUACUUGUGGGUGCAAUAGAUUCCUUCUUUUUCCUUUGCAGUGUCAUCUUGAUUGUAUAUUGAAAAUACUGUGUAAUGAUGAAAUCAUAUUAUAAAUAUUUCAACUAAUUUUACUCUGAAUUUGUUUAUUAAAAGCUUUUUGAACAUUAAAUUAUUAUUAAUUCAAUGCAUUUAGAAGUGACUUAGAACAGAAAACAAAAAUGCCAUUCAGGCCUCUUCUCCCCAGGUGUACCAUUUUAGCAUAUGCAUUAUGUGAUUGGAAUUGAGGCAUUUUAGUGGACAAUAUCAUAAUUUCUAUCAUGGAAAGUGUAUUUAAUGUCUGUGUCAUGUAUAUGCCAAAAUUUUAAGCCCCUAUAAAUAAAACAUGUGUCACAAAA